GAGUGGGGCGGGGCUACAGAGGCACGAGGCCCAGGGAUCUAAGACACAGGGAGCCACAGCACACAGCGCUGCUUCCCCAGAAAGGAGGAAGAGGGGAGGAAGGAGCUCUCCAGUGCACACCCAGCCAGGCGUGCCGUCUUCCCGCCCGCAGGCAGAUCGCCCUAGACCUUCCUGUUAAGUCGGAGGAACCCGUGCUCGCCAGAUGGAAAUCUCGCCGAACCACUACGCAGCCUCCAGGGCGGCCUCAGUGGCGGAGAGCUGCAUCAACUACCAGCAAGGGACCCCCCACAAAGUGUUUCUGGUGCAGGCUGUGCAGCAGGCCCGGAAGGAGGAUAUUCCAGAAAGAGGACACAAGUAUCACCUUAAGUUUUCCAUAGAAGAAAUUAUCAAAAAACAAGUUACAGUGAACUGCACAGCUGAAGUACUUUACCCUCCGGUGGGACAAGGUACUGCACCAGAAGUCAACUUCACAUUUGAAGGAGAUAUUGGGAAGAACCCAGAUGAAGAAGAUAACACAUUUUAUCAAAGACUCAAGUCCUUGAAGGAACCACUAGAAGCACAAAAUAUUCCAGACAGCUUUGGAAAUGUACCUCCACAAAUGAAGCCAGUUCGACACUUAGCUUGGGUUGCUUGUGGUUAUAUAAUAUGGCAGAAUUCUACUGAAAACACAUGGUAUAAAAUGAUAAAAAUUCAGACUGUCAAGCAAGUGCAAAGAAAUGAUGACUUUAUUGAAUUAGACUAUACCAUUCUACUUCAUGACAUUGCAUCGCAGGAGAUUAUUCCUUGGCAAAUGCAAGUUCUUUGGCAUCCACAAUAUGGUACAAAAGUAAAACAUAGUAGCCGUCUCCCAAAGGAAGUAACACUGGACUAAACAAAGACCUUGCAUGGAGAUGACACCUAGACAAGCCUUUGGAUGACAUGUACGCCAGUCUUCAUUGGUAUCUAGUCUAAAGGACCAAACAAAUCCCAAAGUGUCAGUUUGUACAGUGUCUCAUCUACUUUACAAAGCAACAUAUAUUCCAUAAUAAAAGAUGUCCCUACAUAAAAGUCUUUAUAGUAGUAAUAAUGCAAUGUAUAUCUUAUAAUAAAGUUUUCAUUUCAGUCUC